GUGAUCGUUUUCCCUUCGUUAAAGGAUCGUGGUCUUCUUGGUCUUUUUGGAGUGAUUGCCAACAAUAUUCCGACAUUUCAUUUUGCAACAUGACUUUUAAUGGGUUUAGGUACCGAAACCGUACUUGCUCAAAACCAACUCCUUUGAAUGAUGUCUUUUUGCCAAGGCCAAGAUCAAGAGAAAAGAAGCUGCCAGGCCCCAUGCCCAGUGGAUGGAGGAUGGGGGUCAUAUUCAGGUUGGACUUCUUGCGUUGUGCCCGACCGCAAUUGUGGAGAUGGCGGUGAGCGAUGGCAAGAACGAAGUUGUGUCAAUCCCAUACCCAGAUUUGGAGGCAUUCCAUGCGUUGGAAAUGGGACUGUGCACGAGGCUUGCAAUGCAGACUGCGCAACAAGCAAAGACAUACGAUUACAUGGUCUGUGGGGAACUGAUGGAGCUCGUGAAGAGUGUCAAAAUGGCCAUUAUGUAACUGCUUUCAAAACCAAAAUCGCAAUAAAUCAAGGCCUUACUGGGGUUCGUCUCCGAUGCAAUGAUCCAGAAGGACAGGAGAUCUCCAGUUUGGAGCAUGAGAACGGGAGCUAUGGAGACUUCAUUCACUCAUGUCCGGGUGGGUACACACAGGGCAAGGGAAUGUUCCAGCCUUCUGCAGGAAAUGACCAAGUCGAUAGGGACUGCACGUGCAUUGAGAUGUAUUGUUCUGAGACUGACCAAUGGCAAAAAUCCAUAUGCGAAGAGGGGACUUUCCAGAUCAAAGACAAGGGACCAUUGUCUUGUGAAAGUGGUCAAGUCAUAUGCGGAAUAAAAACCAAAGUCUGGUUGGAUGGAGGGGAUUCCUCUGGCGUGGGAAGCGUGCUCCUGAGAUGCUGCAUUAAACCAUAAAAUUCAACCAAUGAUAAACCUUUUCUUUUGGUAAUCACAGUGGUCAAAAAGCCUUAUCAGAUCUUGAGAGAUAUUUUCAAAUUGAUUUUGGCACUUUUCUAAAA